AUGUCACCCGAGGAAAAUGAUAGGCAAGGACAGGAAGAGUCGGGGAUUGGCUUGCCUCGUACCGUGACCUCAGCGAAACUGCACGUUUCUGGAGGAUUGUUUUCUUCCGUUGGUAUUCCUCAUGUGUCCAUCCACGCAGGAAACCUCAUUCUUGGCGAUUCUACGACAAGUUCACAGCGAUCAUUUAUUGUUAUCAAGAAUAUAGGCGAGGGCUCUUUUGGAUCAGUCUCCCUGUGUGACUGGCAUGGAAAAUUACCACAUGAAGUGCCACCACCCUCUGCGAUUCAUAAUAUUGACGAUGUCGUGAGGCCGGAAUGGACAGGUAUGCGUCUGGUAGCCGUAAAGAAACUCAAGCGAAGGUUGGAGCAUGGUUGGGACGAGUGCCAGUAUCUCAAGGAGCUCAAGGCACUACAUGCAUUGACCCCCCAUCCAUGCGUCGUCCCUCUCUAUGAUGUCUUUCUCUCAAGUGAAACUUCGGAGCUGUACUUCGUUUUUGAAGCUAUGGAGGGAGACUUGUACCGAUUCAUGAGAACCCGCAAGGGGCGGCCAUUGACCACUGGCCUUCUGUCUUGCAUCUUUCAACAGAUAGCAGCUGGACUGCACCACAUUCAUUCUUCGGGUUAUUUCCAUCGUGACAUGAAACCUGAGAAUAUUCUCGUCACUACCUCAGGGCUCUUACAAUCACAACCAGAUGGAGGUGAACAGAAAGAUGUUGCGGUUAUCUGUAAGAUUGCAGAUUUUGAUUCUGCAAGGGAGAUAUCAAGCGCUCCACCUUACACAGAGUAUGUCUCAGCUCGGUGGUAUCGUGCCCCUGAGGUGCUGCUCAAACAGAGAGACUAUUCUACGCCGGUGGACAUGUGGGCUCUCGGGGCGAUCAUGGCUGAGCUGGUGAACUUGAGGCCGAUAUUUCCUGGUACUGGAGAAGUCGAUCAGAUACACCGAAUUAUCAAAGUACUUGGCGACCCUGCAGAUCAUGGCGUGGACGAAUACGGCAGAUCUUACGGAGGUGGUCCAUGGUCUCUUGGCUUGGAAUUGGCAAGGCGUCUUGCCUUCAAAUUUCCUCAGACUGAACCGAGAGACAUUUACGCGAUAUUUGACGAGAAAAUACCUCGCCAACUUGUCGACUGCAUCUCCGAUCUCCUCAAGUUUGACCCCAGCUUGCGCCUUACUAGUCAACAGUGUCUUGCGCACGAGUGUCUCAGGGAAUGUCUGCCGGAAAAUCUUCCCCGCAUGAUUCCUGGACAAAAUUCACUCUCAACAGCUGACAACAGCACAUGA